GUAGCAUCACUAAAGAAGAAGAAUUUCCCUCCAAAAAAGUUGAGUUUAUUUUGCCAAUAGCGAGCCAAGAACUUUGUUUACCAACUGAGUGAACCAACUCAAUGACAAAAAUUCUAGACAACUUCCAACGGGCCGAGAAAAUCGGCGAGGGUACCUACGGAAUAGUUUAUAAGGCGCGGAGCAACGCCACCGGGCAGGAUGUGGCGCUCAAGAAGAUCCGGCUGGAAGGCGAAACGGAGGGCGUUCCUUCAACGGCCAUUCGAGAGAUCUCCCUGCUGAAGAACCUCAAGCACAAAAAUGUGGUGCAACUAUUUGACGUGGUGAUCUCCGGAAACAAUCUGUACAUGAUAUUCGAGUACCUGAACAUGGAUCUAAAAAAGCUGAUGGACAAAAAGAAGGAUGUUUUUACACCUCAGUUGAUUAAGAGCUAUAUGCAUCAGAUUUUAGAUGCUCUUGGCUUUUGCCACACCAACCGAAUACUGCACCGGGAUCUCAAGCCACAGAACCUUCUCGUGGAUACUGCAGGCAAAAUUAAACUGGCUGACUUUGGUCUGGCUCGAGCCUUCAAUGUGCCCAUGAGGGCGUAUACCCAUGAAGUGGUCACCCUUUGGUACCGAGCUCCAGAGAUUUUACUGGGCACCAAGUUCUACUCCACGGGCGUGGACAUCUGGAGUCUGGGCUGCAUUUUCUGCGAGAUGAUCAUGCGACGCUCCUUGUUUCCCGGAGACAGCGAAAUCGACCAGCUUUACAGGAUAUUCCGCACCUUAAGCACACCCGAUGAAACCAAAUGGCCGGGAGUAACGCAGCUGCCGGACUUUAAAGCAAAGUUUCCCAGGUGGGAGGCCACCAACAUGCCGCAGACCAUAACCGAACACGAGGCCCAUGAACUUAUAAUGUCCAUGCUGUGUUACGAUCCCAAUCAGCGAAUCUCCGCCAAGGACGCUAUGCAGCACGCCUACUUCCGCAACGUUCAGCAUGUUGACCAUGUGGCCCUGCCCGUGGAUCCCCUGGCAGGCAGUGCCUCGCGCCUCACGCGGCUCGUCUGAUCGUGACCCAUAGCCCCAGAUCUAGCAAAUUACUUGUGAUCUUUAGUAUACUGCCAGCUCCAUUUCAUCCAUUCCCCACCUAAUCCACACCUAACACAAACGAUAAAUACACGAUCAUCAUCCAUA